AUGGCCACACCCGCUGGCAAUGACCCGCCUGAGGGUGAUGCCACUACCAAUGACGGACCAGGCAGCGCCAACCGCAAUCCCCUCUUCGAGAUCAAGGAUGUCCCCGGCAUGGGAAAAGGCAUGAUCGCCCGCGUCGACAUUGCCAGAGGCACGACGAUCCAUACUGAGAAGCCUUUGGUGGUCGGACCCUCGCGAGGCGGCAAAAAUGUGGCCAACUCGCUGGGAUACAUCGAAAUGGUCUUCUCCGUAAACAGUGGUGACGACAGCCCUUCUAUCGACAUCAUCAAGGCACUACCUAAAGACAAGCAACGCCAGUUCUUCAGCCUGUCGGACUCCAGCCACAGCCACGGUAGCGGAAAGAUUAGGGGCAUCUGGGUCACCAACUCGCUCCCCGUCAUGAUUCCGGAUCCCUCGAACUUCUCCUUGCCUCGGGAGGCCGUGGCCCUUACAAUGAGCCGCGUAAACCACAGCUGCCAGCCAAACAGCCUCCUGCGCUACGACGAAGGAUGGUACCAACUCAAAGCCCUGCGGCCGAUCCGGGCUGGAGAACAAGUCACCAUCACGUACAAGGACUAUAUCCACCAGACGACGUCCCAGUGGCGCCGGCGCGGUCUCGAGGAGCGAUAUGUCGAGUGCAAAUGCGAGGUUUGCCUUCGCGUCGCCGCGGGCGACGUCAUCAGCGACGUCCGCCGAGACCUCAUCGCCAUUGUCACGGAAGCCGCCCAAUUCGGGUGCCCGCUCUCGUUCUACGACCCGCAGCUCCGCCUCACCCGCUGCAGGAUGCUCAUAUGCCUCCUCAAUGCCGAGUUCCCCGCGGGGGAGGCCGCCGAACAAGUCUUGCAGGCCUACAAGGACGCCCUCGACAUAGCCAUCGCGCAUGGAGACUGCGCUCGCGCAUCUGUUUUUGCUCGGCGUAUGUUGGGCCUGAUCCCUUUGGUGGGAGACGCAGCGAGCGGGCCGGGGGCGAAUGGCUUCUGGGAAAUGGUUGCCGAUCAGCCGAGACGGCACCCCAGUUGGCGAGAGUGCUCCUCCCGGUGGGACACGACCCUGAGAGCAAUCCCACAGAAUCUGUCCGAGGGCGACUUCGAGAACUGGCUUUGGAGGCAGCGGUUCUGAUGGAGAUGUCAGUCGGGCUGGCGGGAGCCUUUUUCGGGUGGUUGUCCUGCUGCUCUCAUCACCGGCAAUUUGCCAUCGAAAAGACUGAGCUUUGGAGGGGUUUGGGUAC